CGGCGGCGGUCCCGAGCAGCUGCCCACAGUGGUGAUGGCCGUGGCAGCGGCCUCGCCACGUGACGCGUAUGGGCGGAAGCGGAAGUGCUGGCCUGGAGCCCGCGCUUGAGACGAGUACCCUGCGCGCUGCCUAGCUGUCGUCCCCUGUACCAAGCAUGGACUGCUACACGGCAAACUGGAACCCGCUUGGAGACUCUGCCUUUUACCGGAAGUAUGAACUGUACAGCAUGGCCUGGGAUCUGAAGGAGGAACUCAGAGACUGUCUGGUCGCUGCUGCACCCUAUGGGGGCCCCAUUGGCCUGUACUAUAUGGGGAAUGUCUGGGGAGCUGGACAGAAAAUCUCUUCUCGAACUACAGCACUGCUGAGGAGCCCCUGGAGGAAGGAGAAGGCUGCCAGCGCACGGCCAGUGCUCAGGAUCUACUCUGCUUCGGGGGUGCUUCUGGCCAGUCUGCCGUGGAAGAGUGGGCCUGUGGUGUCCCUCGGCUGGUCCGCUGAGGAAGAGCUGCUCUGUGUGCAGGAAGAUGGUGCGGUGCUGGUUUACGGGCUUCACGGAGACUUCCGGAGACACUUCAGCAUGGGCAAUGAAGUACUCCAGAACCGGGUUCUAGAUGCUCGGAUCUUCCAUACCGAAUUUGGUUCCGGGGUGGCCAUCCUCACAGGGGCCCACCGCUUCACCCUCAGUGCCAAUGUGGGUGACCUCAAACUCCGCCGGAUGCCAGAGGUGCCAGGUCUGCAGGCUGCACCCUCAUGCUGGACCACAUUGUGCCAGGAGCGAGUGGCACACAUUCUUCUUGCUGUGGGGCCCGAUCUUUACCUCCUGGACCAUGCAGCCUGCUCCACAGUGACACCCCCUGGCCUGGCCCCAGGAGUGAGCAGCUUCCUGCAGAUGGCUGUCUCCUUCACCUACCGACACCUGGCACUCUUCACAGACACAGGCUACAUUUGGAUGGGGACAGCAUCACUCAAGGAGAAGCUGUGUGAGUUCAACUGCAGCAUCCGGACUCCACCAAAGCAGAUGGUCUGGUGUAGCCGUCCUCGCAGCAAGGAGAGGGCUGUCGUGGUGGCCUGGGAGAGGCGGCUAAUGGUUGUGGGCGAUGCACCUGAGAGCAUCCAGUUCGUGCUGGAUGAGGACUCCUACCUGGUGUCUGAGCUGGAUGGGGUCCGCAUUGUCUCCCAUAGCACCCACGAGUUCCUGCAUGAAGUUCCAGUGGCCAGUGAGGAGAUCUUCAAAAUUGCCUCGAUGGCUCCUGGAGCACUGCUGUUAGAGGCCCAGAAGGAAUAUGAGAAAGAAAGCCAGAAGGCAGAUGAGUACCUGCGGGAGAUCCAGGAGCUGGGGCAGCUCACCCAGGCUGUGCAGCAGUGCAUUGAGGCUGCGGGACAUGAGCACCGACCAGACAUGCAGAAGAGUCUGCUCAGGGCGGCCUCCUUUGGAAAGUGUUUCCUCGACAGAUUUCCACCUGACAGCUUCGUACGCAUGUGUCAGGACCUGCGUGUGCUUAAUGCUGUUCGGGACUAUCACAUUGGGAUCCCUCUCACCUAUAGCCAAUAUAAACAGCUCACCAUCCAGGGAAGAUUGGUUAAAUCUAUCUCACCAGAUUUCUUCUCAGGGGAGGAUGUGGAGGAUGUCUGGGCCACAGAAGAUCAAAUGCGACUCCUCCGACUGCAGCGACGCCUAGAAGAUGAGCUGGGGGACCAGUUCCUCGAUCUGUCUCUACAUGACACAGUCACCACCCUCAUCCUGGGUGGCCACAACAAGCGUGCGGAGCAACUGGCACGUGAUUUCCGUAUCCCUGACAAGAGGCUCUGGUGGCUGAAGCUGACUGCCCUGGCAGAACUGGAAGACUGGGAGGAGCUAGAGAAGUUUUCUAAGAGCAAGAAAUCACCCAUUGGCUACCUGCCUUUUGUGGAGAUCUGCAUGAAACAACAGAACAAAUAUGAGGCCAAGAAGUAUGCCUCCCGCGUGGGUCCUGAGCAGAAGGUCAAGGCCUUGCUUCUCGUUGGGGAUGUGGCUCAGGCUGCAGAUGUGGCCAUUGAGCACCGGAAUGAAGCAGAGCUGAGCCUUGUACUGUCCCACUGCACUGGAACCACAGAUGGGCCCACGGUUGAUAAGAUUCAGCGGGCCAGGGCACAAGCCCAGAAGAAGUGAGGGGCAUACCCUGCACAUCUCCCGAAGCCCUUGGCUUGACAGAAGUGUCACUGCUCAUCCAGCUCCUCCUGCAGAGCUAAGCCUAGGAGCUGGUGUGGGGUGGGAUCUGGGGUCUGGUUGUAAAUAAAAUUGGAACUUUGUAGAGUGCUUGUCUUACGCUGUUCAGCUAAGUGAAGGCAAGCUGGGUCAUUCCAGAGACUUAAGCGGAACUGGAUAUGUGUGAUUAUACUGGGGCUAGAGAAGGAGCUUCUCAGUGACAUUUACAAGAGACUUACCCUCUCCACAGUUACCAAGGAAAGGCCUCUCAAACUCAGAGCCCCUCGGAAGAUUAUGGGAAGAGAUGGCACAAAACUUAAAGCACCAACCCAUCAAGAGUCACACUGAAAAGCAUUAUACGCACAAAAACUAUGUUGAACACUUUACCUUUGAUAUUUAUUCCAUAUGACAGCCCUGUGAGGUAAGUAACAUCACCCCAUUUAAAAGUAAGGGAAAUUGAAGAUAGGGGAAAUUUGGUACCAGUGAGUAUACGGCAAAACUGGGAAUUGAAACCAGGAUGGCAUCUGGGGGUCUCAGGGCAUCUCCAUGGCUUUUGUGACUGAGAAGGGAUGAUCUCUGAGCCAGAACUGAAGUCUGGGCAGAGGAUUCCAAGGCAAGGCCCCCAGUGUAUGCUACAGUGAGGGUGGGGUGUGGCCAGAGGGCUGGAGGGGUUGGACGGGAACCUUCAGAAAUCCUGUGCACUGAACAGUGGUUAGUAAGUCCUGAGUAGGCUCUGGGCUGAAGAGAAGAGGAUGGAAGAUCGCAAUUCUGCCAAAGUAAACUGCAAACAAGAGACCCCUGGCUCUAUCCUCCCCCCAGUGGAGGCUUCACUCCAGCCAGCCUUCCUUGCCUCCAGUCUCCCAUGGUUAGCCUUUCAUUUGUAGUCCAGUGCACCUUGGCUUCAUGCCCAGCUCCCCACCCAACACUGAGGGGAUUACCUUUUCCUUUUGUUGCCUCCUUAGUCCAGAAGGAGGACAGAGGAGGAAACCCAAACCCAGAUGGAGGGUAGGCCUCACUGGAGCUUCUGGCUUUUGCCACUUUAGUGCCCCUAGGGUUGCCAAUGCUUGAAAAGAGAGACUUGGGGCCUGGUAAGGUGUCUGUCUUCCUCCACCUGAUUUGUAAAUGAAGUAUGAAAAUCCUUUAAGGAUGUAAAUCAAAUUGUAAUGCAACCAUUUAUUGUGCUCAUCACAUAUUACAUGGGUAAAUCACAAGUUAAAA